ACAAGCGUUGUUUUUCCCCUGCGAAAGUGUAAUAUUUAUCAAAGAAAAUGGGUGAACGCUAUAAUAUUCACAGUCAAUUGGAGCAUCUGCAGAGCAAAUAUAUUGGAACGGGACACGCGGACACCACUAAAUUUGAGUGGCUUACAAAUCAACAUCGCGACUCACUGGCCAGCUAUAUGGGACACUAUGAUAUGCUCAACUAUUUUGCCAUCGCCGAGAAUGAAUCGAAGGCGCGUGUACGCUUUAAUCUAAUGGAGCGCAUGCUGCAGCCCUGUGGUCCGCCGCCCGAGAAAUUAGAAGAUUGAGAUAUAAUUGUAAAAGCAAAAUAAAUGUAAGAAAAACAA